UGGAUCUGGUGGAGCUGUGUGCUGCUGCCGCUGUACUUCUGGUCCUACAUGCUGCUAUAGCAGGAUGACUAUGCUUUGUCGGAGGACUUUUUAGUGUGCUAAAGUGACAUGGCGGUAAACGUCAUGGCAAGCUGAAGGAACGCAUGUCUAACGUGCAGUUCACACAGCAGCUAUGGCGGGAUGCGCUUAGGUCUCCCUGGGUACAAAGUAUUAGUCUGAAGGAGAUAACCAGCCAAAGCAGACUCUACCAAAGGAGGAUGGAUGAAGCUGCGGGAGAUCUAAAACAAGCCCUUCCAAAUGUAGUUGAUUCUCUUCAAGUACAUGUAGAAGUACAUCAAAAAUCAAACAGCACAGCAAAAACAGAAGAUGUCACGGUUCAUGUCAUGCAGUUAUUAAACAGACACAACGUUGUAUUUGGCGAUUACACCUGGACGGAAUUUGAUGACUCCUUUUUAGUGCAAAAUGUGAACUCUGUGGCUGUUGUAGAUACAGAGCUUAAGCUAAAGGACAGAAAGCCUAUUGACCUUGGAAAAUGCAAUAUAUAUGUCCAUGUAUUUCAACUGAGUGAAGAAGGACCAAGUGCAGAGAAUUUGGAGGAAGAGAAUGAGGAUCUUGUGGCAGCUAACCACUGGCUACUACCUGCUGCUGACUUUCAUAAGCUUUGGGAAAGUCUGAUAUUUGACAGUGAAAUAAAGUCAAAUCUUUUAGAUUAUGUUACAACAACGCUGCUUUUUUCUGACAAAAGUGUAAAUAGCAAUUUGAUUGCAUGGAACAGAGUCGUCCUUUUGCAUGGACCUCCUGGUACUGGGAAAACAUCACUUUGCAAAGCACUGGCUCAGAAGCUGUCCAUCAGAUUGUCAAGCAGAUAUAGAUAUGGCCAACUCAUAGAGAUUAAUAGCCACAGUCUCUUCUCAAAAUGGUUUUCAGAGAGUGGCAAGUUAGUAACCAAGAUGUUUCAGAAGAUUCAUGAAGUCAUAGAUGACAGUGAUGCUCUAGUGUUUGUGUUGAUCGAUGAGGUAGAAAGCCUUACUGCAGCACGAAGUGCUUCUAGAGCAGGCACCGAACCAUCUGAUGCUAUUCGUGUAGUGAAUGCUGUUCUUACUCAGAUAGAUCAAAUAAGAAGGUAUCCAAAUGUAGUUAUCUUGACAACUUCCAACAUUACUGAGAAAAUUGAUAUGGCCUUUGUUGACAGAGCAGAUAUAAAACAAUAUAUUGGCCCACCAUCUCCUGCUGCAAUUUUUAACAUUUACAUUUCUUGUAUAGAAGAACUUAUGAAGUGUCAGAUAAUAUACCCCAGACAGCAACUACUUACUUUACGAGACUUGGAAAUGAUUGACUAUGUGGAAAAUAAUGUAUCCAAGCUUAGUUUAUUGCUAAAUGAAAUUUCUAGAAAAAGUGAAGGUCUCAGCGGGAGAGUUCUUAGGAAACUUCCUUUCUUGGCACAUGCACUUUUUAUACAAUCUCAUACAGUUACAAUUGAAAAAUUCCUCGAAGCUCUUUCAUUGGCAGUGGAUAAGCAGUUUGAAGAAAGGAAAACCCUCAAGGAGAGCAUUUGAGCUAUUGGAAUAAUCCUUUAGAAGACACUUUAUCUUUUUUUAAAUUGUUUUUGUUGUAAGAUUUUAUUCUUUUCAAUACAUGUUUGCUUACAGAUGUUAUGCAUAGCGUUUAAUUACUCAGUCUGUGUUAUAGUGUUAUGGAUUUGAAGUGUAGCAAGGGGGAAAAGUGUCAUGUUCUUUAGUUAAAAGGAAUAUGUCUUCCCCCCCCCCCCCCCCCCUCCCCAAAACAGCACCACUUACACUAUACACUGCAUACUCUAGGUUGGGGGUCCAAUUAUGUAAAAUUUGUCUUUAUAUUCACUUGCAUACUGACACUGUGCUGUCACAAACCAGCAGUAAAAGGCAUUGAGAGGACUUUUUAUUUUAUUUUCCUCAAUUAUGAGUGUGAGCACGGAAUUAUGAACUCUAGUUAGUGGAGUGUUUUCAGAGGUAACAGAUUUUUUUCUUUAACACUAAUAAUAAUCGCUGUGUAAGAGAGGACCUAUCACCACAAAUGCAGUGCAAUAUUCAGGGAGCAUGUUAUAGAGCUGGAUAAACUGAGCAGAUUGAUGUAUAUUUUUGUUGGAAUGGAUUCUGUAAAAUUUGUAAUUUUACAUUUCUCUCUCCUCUUACUGACUUCAUUGGGAGGUGUUAUGAGUGAUUGAUAGCAUUUUCUGUGUAAGAGCUGACCUAUAAAUGUAUAAAUUA